AUGAAUGACGAGAAACUUAUUGAAUUGGUACGUGGUUAUUCUGUCUUGUACGACAUGUACAACUCAAAAUACAUGGACUCUGAUUUCAAGAAUGCUAUCUGGAGGAAAGUAGGAGCAGAAAUGCAAUUAGAAGAGCAGUUGAGCUUCUUGACGAAAUUCUUUGAGGAGAGGGAGACCACGACAAACAUUGAGUCCGAAGUGAAUAUCGAAGAUGUCACAGGUGAAACAGAACGUGAAGAGGUAUCCGAAAUUGACGACCAACAUAAGGAAGCGGAGGACUCUACAGCAUCAGCAGUUAACGAUGCCAUGACUAAACAAUCAGAAAGUCAAAAUUUGUUGACAUUAACAACAACAGAUACCAUUCCACGAAAAACUCGAAAGCUGUCAAAGCCUACUGCUCCCCCCAAAACGGCAGCCGCUACAGUUAUGGAGUAUAUUGUUGAACGAAAUAAAACUACAAACUGCCCAGCACCAACGCGUCAUCCUGUUGACGAUUUUUCAAUAGGAAUAGCUCCAGUUUUAAAACAAUCAUCCCCACAAGACUGGCAUCACGCCAAAGGUGAAAUUUUUGCUACUGUCCAAAGAUUCGAAUUGAAUAUGUUGAACCGACAACAGUGUGCCGCCUCAACGGGUUCUAAUGUCAUGUGUUCGAAUGGACAACUGUCUCCUGCAGGAAGCUACCAGCCUUCAUGGGAUCAAUCAACCUCAUCUGCUGAUCAAACUGUGGAGACUGCAGCACCCAACUCAAUGACGGAGUUUUACAGAACGUUUCAUUAA